ACAACUUCUCGUUUCUAUUUUAAUUGUUUUGAAUUUCUCACAAUCAAUUUAAUUUAAUUCUUCUCUAAUUGUGGUCAUUUUUUCUUUCCCAUCAUGUUUUAAUUAAGCAUCAACUCUACCGUUUACCUUAAUGAUUUAAAAUCAAUUCCAAAGUGUUUUUGGUUUUAUAAGUAAAGAGAAAAAUUUUCCAAUCUCUAAAUAAAGACACAUAAUAUUAGUAGAAAAUUAUAAUUGUAACUCUCUCUUUCUCUGUCUCUGUGGAAUUGGGUUUUUUGUUUAGCCGGUUAAUUGUUGUUUUAUAUUCUGGUUGUUGUAACAAUUUAGUUAAUUGUCAACAUGUCGACUGUAUCCAUUGCAAGUGAACAGAAGCGAACCUUAAAGGUUAUGCUAAAUCUAAAUAAUAAAGAUUUGAAGAGUCGAGGUGAACCCAUUUGGAGGGUUUUGGUCUAUGAUCGUCGUUGUCAGGAUGUAAUUGCACCUUUAUUGAAUAAUAAGGAAUUGAGAGAUAUCGGUGUGGUUCUUCAUUUAUUUCUUCAUUCUGAACGAGAUAGUAUUCCCGAUGCUGCGGCUGUUUAUUUUGUUGUUCCAAGUGAUGAAAAUAUUAUCAGAAUCUGUUCCGAUCUAAGGAAUCAUUUAUACGAUCAUUAUUACCUCAACUUUAUUACACCCAUUUCUCAUCAAAAGAUUGAAGAUUUAGCUCUUGCCUGUUUGGAAGCUGAUGCAACCAAAGUAAUCAAAAAAGUUAUGGAUCAAUAUCUUGAUUUUAUCAGUCUAGAAGAUGAUAUGUUCAUUUUAAGACAAAACAGUAAAGAGGAAGUGUCUUAUUAUGCUAUUAAUCGGGCCGAUGUCCAAGAAACGGAAAUGGAAGAAGUGAUGACCAAAAUAUGCGACGGUCUAUUUGCUCUUUUGGCAACACUUGAAGUUGUACCUAUCAUCCGAUGUGCUAAAGGAAACGCUGCUGAAAUGGUUGCCGAAAAAUUGAACAAACGAUUACGGGAAAACCUCCAGGAUGUUAAAAAUAACCUUUUCAAGGGGAGCAGUUUUACCGAUCUAAGUGAACAGCGACCAUUAACAUUUCAGCGACCUUUAUUAAUCAUUCUAGAUCGUAACAUGGACAUGGCAACACCUUUACAUCAUACUUGGACCUAUCAAGCCUUAAUCCACGAUGUUUUAUCGUUCAAGUUGAAUCGAGUGACCAUUACCGAAUCAUCUGAUGAAUCAGUGGCAGUAUCAAGUUCAAGGAAAAAAACGCAAACAUUUGACCUUAAUUCUGACGAUGAAUUUUGGCAGAGACACAAGAUUACACCCUUUCCACAAGUCGCCAAAUCUGUUCAAGAAGAAUUAGAAGCUUAUAAAAAUUCCGAAGAGGAAGUUAAACGCCUUAGAAAUAACAUGGACUCAGAAAAUUCUAUGGACCUACUUUCCAACAAUACGGCCAAAUUAACAUCGGCGGUACAAUCGUUACCCGAAUUGUUAAAGAAAAAGUCACUCAUCGAUAUGCAUACGACAAUUGCCACUUCCAUUCUAGAUCAGAUUAAAAAGCGUAAAUUGGAUAAUUUUUUUGAAUUGGAAGAGAAAAUUUUAUCCAAAUCAAUUUUGGAUAAAACACCAUUGGAAAUUAUCAAAGACGCUGAAACGGGAUCUGAAAGUGAUAAAGUUCGUCUCUGUUUAAUUAACUUCCUCUGCUCUUCACUAUCCGAUGAUGAGAUUAAUCAAUACGAGAAAGCAUUAGAAGAAGCUAAUUGUGAUUUAAAUGCUUUCCGUUAUCUACGCCGAUGGAAAACAUUUUCACGAAUGCCAACACUGGCCAAUGUCCAAUAUGGAGGGGGAACUAAAACGGUCAACAUGUUUUCCAAAUUAAUGACCCAAGGAUCUCAAUUUGUAAUGGAAGGAGUAAAAAAUUUGGUUCUAAAAAAACAAACUCUCCCAAUAACCAGAAUUGUCUCCGCGUUGAUGGAGAUGAAAAAUUUACAAGAAAUUGAAGAUUACCGUUAUUUUGAUCCUAAAUUGUCAAAAGUUUCAGAUAAUCGAAUACCAGAAACAAGAACUUCUUUUCAAGAUGCAAUUGUAUUUGUCGUUGGAGGUGGUAAUUAUAUUGAAUAUCAAAACUUAGUUGAAUAUUGUAAACAGAGUAAAACCGGAAAACCAAAUCCAAAACGAGUGAUUUAUGGAUGUACAGAUUUAGUGAAUGCUGAUCAGUUUAUUGAACAAUUAUCAAGAUUGGGACAGGAACUUCAAAGAUAAACAAAUAAAAUAUAAAAGCCGAUGAAAACGAUAAUAGUUCCAAUUGUUUACGAAUUUUGUUCAUUUCCGUUUGAGUAAUUUAGUUCGGAUUUUUUUCUCUAUAUCAACAGUGACCUCACCUGUUGCUUUGGCUUGAGAAGACACUUUUUUCGGCUUUGUUUUACUGACCUUUUUCACGAGGUCACUUGUCGUUUCAAGAGUUUUCCGAGCUUGUUCAAUAGCAUCCGCUGAGGCUUUAAAAGAUCUGGAUCUACGAUCAUCUACCAUGAUUAAGAUUAAACAAAAUGAACAUUGAAACUAUAACUAAUUGAAAGGAGAUAUUAAAUCACAAUUAAAUGAUUAAAAUGAUUUUCAAGUAUCCUUGA